AUGACUAAAACGAAAAGUGGUGAAGUCGUCCAGAACAAAAUUGAAAUAAACAGGAGGAUCCAAACGGAGUACCUGAUGAACAAUAUACUUGAUAAAGAUUUCCAAGCUAUGUUGUUUCCUCUAAGUUUUGUACAGUCUUGCUUUUUAAUGCCUAGGUUCAGCAUCAUUAACAAUUUCAUCACUCCCGACAACCAUGUGUCCUUUUAUAUACAGUCCAUAAUUGGCUGUAUUAUUCUCACGUUGAGUCAUGUCUUUCGUUUUAUAUACUACAGUGAAGUUAAUAAGAGUUUUAGCACUGGUGUUGUUGUUGCUGUUAUACCUUAUUUUGAUUUGAUAUUUUUUUCUUUAAUUUCAAUUGUUACCUAUAUCGUUAAUUCAUUCCAGAGAAGCUAUGUCGUUGACCUAAUUAUCAAAUUGCAGCAUGUUCUUGACUUUAUAAAAAUUGACAAACAAAAAUUUCUUCGCAAACAUAAGAUCCAAAACUGGCUUAGUGUAUUGUUGGUUAUUAUUAUCUACAUUCUACAAUGGUUUUUUGCUUGUAUUAGCUAUGGCAUCCGCAAGACUUGCAAGAACGUGUUGCGGCUGAACCGCGCGUCGUCGCGCAAGAUGUCGGCGUUCGGCAUGUUCGAACUCGACGCAACGUUCCCGCUGCGGCUGCUCAGCAUAAUCGUGACCUAUGUUGUCGUGCUACUGCAGUUCGCCUUUUUAACGUAG